AUGAAACAUUUGACGACAGUAGCGGAGAGCAAGACCACGAACGCCGGAGGAGGGAGACCGGAGCCGGUGGCCGCAGCCCAUCCGAUCGGUGGGGCAGCAGCAUCUGCAUCAGCACCUGACCCAGUGGCGGCUGCACACGAAGAAGGAAAAACCAAGCCGAGUGGUUCGCCCAGAGUGGCGGCGCCUAAGCGAAAGCUUGCAGCCGCUUCCGCGCCUGCAAGCGGAGAGCUAACACAAUCCCACAAGCGGAAAUCAUCGAAGAGCGUCCAAGAGCGGCCGGCGCAGACAGGAGCAAUAUCGCUAGCGGCGUCGUCUGCGAAAACGCUGGGAACGCCUGUGGCCGCUGCUGCUGCGACGAGCCCAAAAACCACCUCUACCGACCCAACAGUGACGCAAGUUUUUCCUACCCUUGGUAUGACUCCGGCGUCUGUGAACACCGCCUCAGCACCUGUACUGGGCGCCCCGAGCGGUGACUCCGCAGUCCUCCACAUGCUAAGCCCUUCCCGGCCGGAUCCGGGGACAGCCAGUGGUGACUCGGUUUCAGGAGCAGGUAUUGCUGCACCAGCGGCAGCGCUGGGAGGUAAGCCGCCAAACUCGAUGCUGGCGCAAGAUCUCCCACCCGUAGUUCUGCGUUCGAAAGAUGGAGACCAUACUUCAGCUGGAGGGGGGCCAGCGUUACCAAGAGCAACAGACGUGCAACCUACCGCUCUCCCACCGGCGCACGCUCCCGUCGGAGAUCUGGGGCCAGCACUUCUAGACUCGGGAGCGGCAGUGGCAGCAACGGCAGCGACCGGGACGGCACCGCCGAUAACUGACGUGACGGCCGCGCCCAUUACGCAGAGUAGUUCUUCUCCGGUGCCGGCUUCGACAACUCUUGACAACGCUUCAGCAGGGGCAGCAGCAGGGAGCAAAUCAUCGACGGCACCCCUGCAUGCUUCUCAUGGUCGUCCCCCGCCAGCGACGGCAACGCCAGUUGUAGAGACGGCGUCACCUUCGUCAACAGUGGCAUCGGCGGAAUCAGAGGCAGCGCGAAACGACACACCCCCUGCUCUGCCGUUGUCCCACGGUAUGCUCGCGUCAGAUGAGAGCUCAGGUAUUCCAAGGAAGGCCUCGGGUAGAAGAGGGUUUACAGCACCACCAGCAACAAACGUUGAACCCCAAGCCCCACACGUGGUGCAAGGCGUUGCGGUGCAGGGUGGGAAUUCCACCGUUUUGGACGUGACCUCAGGAGCACCAGCGGCUGAAGCAGAUCCAAGCGCGGGCACUCCAGCAGCGGAAGCCGCUUUCCCCGCGGGUCCAUCUUCGGAUGUGGGCACGUCAUCGGAAGAACCGAAAACAGCCGCGGCAGCAGGCAUUGCUCCAGCUUCGGCAGUGACUGACACUUGUCCGCUGGCAUGUCCGACCUCACCGGUGCUAAUGCCGUCGUCUUCAGGAACAGCGAAGACGGAAGCAACAGGCACCACUCUCCCGACCCAGCCGGCGGCUAAAGGUUCUUCACAGGCAUGUUCAACCUCGCCACUUACGGACGCGAAACCGCCGAGAAUAGCAGCAGCUGGAGCUGCACCUACGAAACAAGGCGUAGCACCAUCGUUGCUAGCGGUUCAAGGCGCUUGCCCCAUGAGUGUGAGCUUAUCUGGAGAUAAUGUUUCCUCGACCGUCGUAGCCGCCUCGGAGACGAGGGUACGACCGACGUCAACAGUUUCUGCGGCUUCACCGACGGUGCACGACCCCCCAACUCGCGGCCUGGUUCAACCAUCUCCACAUGAUGGUGCAGACAGCGCCACGUCACCUGUGACCCCAGCUGCGGCAACUGUUUUGGCAGAGAAAACAGCAUCCCCUUCAGAACCUGCAACACACACGGGCGAACCCAUGACGCCGGCGGGAGGGGCGGAGACCAUCGCUGCUCGCAGUCAGACUCAGGCUGUUGGCGCCUUCUCUCUUGGCAAGACGGAAGCGGCGACAACGGCUCUGUCGGAAGAACCGAAGUCACCAUUAGAACCUGGGGAGAUAAGAUUAGCUUGGCCACUGGCGGUGGGAUUGACGGCGAGCAGCGCAUCUGGCGGCAAGACUGAUCGUGUCAAUCCAAUCUCUCCUAGUCAGGCUGUAGCACCCACCACAGUUUUGCCCGCAGGACCGCUUUCUUCGGCAGAGCCCGCUCAAAACAGCACUAAGAUUACGGUGGCGGCGGCCGGGGCCGAGAUCAUGGCUGCUGGCAAUCAGACUCAAGCUGCUGUGGCCACGUCUCUUGCUAAGAUAAAAGCAGCGGGGACGGCUCCAUCGGAAGAAUCGAUUUCUCCCUCAGAACCCGCCGAAAGGAGCGCAGAGUCGACCCUACCGGGGGGGUUGACGGAGAGCGUCGCACCUGGCGUCGAGAAUCAGGGUGCUGGCUCCAUGUCUGUUGGUACGGCCGCAGUGCGGGCAACUGCUCCGCGUGAGAACGGAUCUUCAGAGACUGCAAAGCACAUUGACAAGAUAGUGACGCCCUUUGACCGGAGCAAGAGGACCGGUGCUGGCAGUCAGGGUGGUGCUGGCACAACGUCUCUUGAUACGGCGGGAGCGACAGCCGAGGCACCAUCGGAAGAAUCGCAGUCUCCCUCAGAACCUACCGAGAGAGUUGCAGAGUCCACGACGACGACGGGGUUGACCGUGAGUGUCGCUUCUGUUGGCGGGACUGAACAUGCUGACGCCACGUCUCCUGGUACGGUUGCGGUGAUAGGCACUGCUAUGCGGGAGAAAACAUCAUGUCGUGCAGAACCUGCCGAGCAUGUCGACCAGACGACGGAACCUGUGAGAGAGGGCGAGUUCGCUACUGCUGAUAGUCAGGCUCACGAUGCUAGCGCCACGCCUCUUAGUACGACGGAAACGGCGGCCAUGGCACUAUCGAAAGGAGGGCCGUCUCCCCCAGAGCCGGCGGAAGUAAUGGCAGCAUCGACGUUUGCUCCUGCCGAGAACGUUCCGCGUGCUGACCCCGUGUCUCCUGCUAUGGCCGCGGUGGAUGCCACAGAUUUGGGUAUGGUAAAACCAUCUCCUGCAGAGCCCGCCAAGCACGUUGACCACACGACUGCGCCGGUGGGAGGGGGUGCGUUCAUUGCUGAUUGUAGUCAGGCUCACGAUGCGAAUGCCACGUCUGCUGGUGCGGCGGAAGCGGCGUCCAUGGCAUUGCCGAAAGGAGUGCCGUCUCCUCCGGAGCGAGCGAAGACAGCUGCAGCAUCAACGUCGGCGGCAGAUUUGGCCGAGAGUAUCUCUUCUGACGGCGACAUUCAAAGUGCUGACGCCGUGUCUCCUGGUUCGUCUGCGACGUCGGCCACAGUUUUUUCUGUAGAAAUGCGUCCGUCAGAGCCUGCAACGAGGUGUUCCAAGACGACUGCAGCUGCGGAAGGGAGCGAACGCAUCGGUCGUCACUGUGACACCAAUACAAAUGCCACCGGCACGUCCGCAGGAAAGAGUUCUUCGUCAGAACCUGCGACGACGUCUACGCAGACGGCGGCGGUGGCGGCGGUGGUUGCGGGAGGCGACGAGUACGUCGCUCCAGGUGGUAAAACUCAUGUUGAUGCGACAAGCACAUCUGCCGUUACAGGCACAGCUUCGGCCACCGUUUUCUUCACAGGAUCGCCAUCUUCUUCGUCGGAGCCAGAACCUGCAAAAGCAAGCACGAACAAGGCAACCACGGCGAAGGUGGGCGAGCGCAUCGCUCCUGGCGACGAGACUCGACAUGCUGAUGCCAUUUCUGGCACGGCUGCCAGGUCCUCGGCGGCUUUCUCAGCAGAAACGCCUUCUUCAUCAAAGCCCCCAACAGCAAGAGCGAAGGCGACGACAGCGGCGGGAGGGGUUGACACCAUCGCUCCCCGCACGGCGACGAAUGUGAAUACCACGGGCGCAUCCACAGUAUCGACGCCGACUUGUGCAGCCACUGCUUCAUGUGGAGAAAGUCCGAGUGUUUCAGAAUCUACGCAAGAAAUUGUGAAGACGACGGCGGCGGUAGAGGUGGUCGCGAACAGCUCUUCCGGCGAACAGACCCAACCAGGUGCGGUGGACGCGGGAAGAAGUGCUUCGUCUACGGAUAUCUUGCACCCUUUGGAGCCCAACACGAAACGUGCGGAGGCAGCCACGGGGGCUCCCGUGACGAAGAACAGCACCCCCGGCAACGAGACACAAAGUCCCGUCCCUACGCCUCCUGGCAUGGUGGUGGCCGUGGCGGCUGCUGCCCCCUCUGAAGAAUCACCCUCAUGUUGUAAACCUGCCAAGAAACGUGCGAAGACGACGACAGCAUCGGGGAUGAAGGCCGUCGCGUCUGGGAUCGAUACUCCCAACGCCGCCGCGAAGGCUGCUGACGUAGGUGUGGUGACAGCUGCUUCGUCUCAAGAAAUGCUGCCGCCUCUGGAGCGUGUGGAGAUUGGUGCACGAAUGGCGGCGGCGGGCGGAACCAAUGGUGUCCCUUCUGGCAGCGACACUCAAACUGCUGCAACCACCGACACUCAAGGUGCUGACGCCACUCCUUUCUCCAGUGUGAGCUCCUCCUCGCUUGCCGGGGGUGAUCAAGCUGCAGAGGCCGCCACUGGCGCAAACUCUCAAGCCAGCGACAAUGUCGACGCAGGCCUUCGAAGAGGACCAGGGGGCGGGAAACAGAUCUCAAUGGGGCCAAUUCCUGCUUCUGCUGCCAACGCUAGUUCUUCAGUCACAGCUAAGGGCAGAGGUGGCGGCGGAAAGAGAAAGACCAAACGGCGAGACUUUUCCGCCCCACCACCGCCCCGGUCAAAGCCGCGCAGGGGGCAGUCCGAGUCUCCUGGCCCUGCUCACUCGGUGGAGGAGUACCUGGCGAACACCAAGAAAGGGACAGAGGCCGUGGCAUCGAUAAAGGAAGGGACAGUGUUCUGGAUCAAGUUUAGCGACACCAGGGAGGCGUGGGUGGAAUGCGCGGUGGUUACGAAGGUGCAUCCAAGGAGCGCCGUUCCGUACGAGGUCACGUGGAGACCAUUCGAUAGCGGCGGGUGCGACCUCGCCCUCAACGCCAAGAAGAGGAUCGCUCUGACUCCAAGGCUGUUCAUGAGCAGCCCCGCCAACCCCGAAUUGGCCGGAGAAAACGACCCUCCGGCGGGUACAGCUCGUCGAGGAGGGUUUCAGCCGGCCCGCAAAAAGUUUAAGCUCACGGUGCCACCUAUCGGCAGCUGGUGCAUCGUUAAGCCAGACCAGCCAUGGGGACAGCUCGACCCGUUCACGUACGAGUGAUGCGAUGUAGAGUUGUUCGGGUGUGAUUUGACGAUAGUUUAACAGCGCCCUCCCUUGUUCCUGACAACGAAAUCCAUGUUGCUGUCUUCUGCUUGCGGCAAUAUCAUGCCUCGCAGAGGUUGGGAGAGAUAUAUAUGGUGUACAAUGUGUGUGAUUGUCUUUUGUGUGAUUAUCAAUGUAUAGUUCUGGGUGUGCCCAGGCGAGAGGGCGACCAGCCCAUCCUCCUUAUCGAGGAAGGACUAGCUUUCAGCAGUAGGGCGUUGACCAAUAGACACCGAAAGCUGUCGGCGCAGGUUGACUGUUUCACUUUCAUGAGCGGUCUCACACUAUGGACGUCCGCGCUUGCACUCCUUUGGUUGUUCCUUGUCGUUCGGAGUCCCCGGCCUUGGCGGGAGUCCGCCAGUCCUACUACUGCUGAUGUUGUGGCUUGUCAUAGAAUGCGGUACCUUAAUGGGAGUGCGUGGUGACCAGAUGUUUCUGUCGGGCGGAGGCAAGCCCUGGUUGCACGUUUUGCACGCUGGGUUGUUGCUUGUGGAUUUGGAUUUUUUGCGGUUGUUUAUUGCACGAUUGAAAGCGGCUGACAUGGGUGGCGACAGGAAUUGAGAUAUUGAUAUGUUGUUCAACACGAACCCCUU